UUCGUCACCCGUGCAAACCGCUUCAUGGACGCAUAUCGUCGUGGGCUCACCGGCAAGCAAGCCGCAUGGGCUUGCAAGAAGUAUCGUGGUCACCGCGUUCUUCCAGAUACAAUCCAUCAGCAAAACCGCCAGCUCUUGGCGGCCGUCUUGGGCUUGACACGGGUGUCUUGA